AUGGACGUCGAACAGUUCCGCAAGGCUGGCUAUGCUGCCAUCGACCAAAUCUGUGACUACUACACCUCGCUCGAACAGCGUGAUGUAAAGUCGGCCGUCAAGCCGGGCUACCUCCUCGAGCAGCUCAGCACAACCCCGCCGACCAAGGGCGAGGCGUUUCCCGCCAUCGCUGCCGACUUUCAAAAACUCGUCAUGCCAGGAAUCACCCACUGGCAGCACCCCAAGUUCUUUGCAUACUUCCCGUCGGUGGUGACCUUCGAGUCUAUCCUCGGUGACAUGUACAGCUCGUCCGUGUCCAACCCUGGAUUCAAUUGGUCGUGUUCGCCGGCGUGUACCGAGCUCGAGCAGUUGGUCAUGGAAUGGAUGGUAACGAUUUUGGGGCUUGAUGACGUUUUCCGCACAAGUUCGGGCAAGGGUGGGGGUAUUAUUGGUACCUCGGCCUCGGACAUGUGCCUCACGGCGGCCAUAGCGGCGCGCGAGCGCGCCCUCCGCGUCCUUGCGCGCGAGCACCACAAUGCGAACGGCACGGCCACGCCUACCGAGGGCCCAACCGACAUCCCCUUCAGCGUGCGGUCGGAGAGUACCAACAAGCUCGUCAUAUACGGCUCGACGCAGACGCACAGCAUCGGCGUCAAGACUGCCUUGCUUCUCGGCCUGCCGUUCCGCGCCCUCCCUGUGAAAGCUGAAGACGGGUACGCGCUGCGCGGAGACGUGCUCCAGGCCGCGAUCGAGGAGGAUAUCAAGAAGGGCUUUGUGCCGUUCUUCGUUAUCGGCACAGUCGGCACCACGUCGUCGGGCGCGGUCGACUACAUCGCUGAGAUUGGCGAGGUUGUGCGCCAGUACCCCACCGCGUUCCUUCACAUUGACGCCGCGUGGGCCGGUAUGGCGUGGGCGCUCCCCGAGCAGCGCGAGAUGCUGCGCCUCGCCGAGGUUAACAAGUACGGCGACUCGGUUUGCACCAACGCCCACAAGUGGGGCCUCGUGGGCUUUGACUGCUCUCUCUUCUUCGUCCGCGACCGCCGCGAUCUCACAGAGGCGCUCGACGUCACGCCCACGUAUCUGCGCACCAAGGAGGCCGACGCGGGCACCGUCAUCGACUACCGCAACUGGCAGCUUGCCCUUGGCCGGCGUUUCCGCAGCGUCAAGCUGUGGUUCGUGAUGCGCGGUUAUGGCGUCGAGGGCCUGCAGGCACACCUGCGUAAUGGUAUCGACCUGUGUAGCGACCUCGCUUCAGUGGUGUCCAAGGAUUCCAAAUUUGAGAUUGUUGCGCCACCGCGACUUGGCCUCUUGUGUUUCCGCCUCAAGAAGGAGGGUGCAAACGCAGCGGAACUGGACGGGCUCAAUGUCGAGCUCAACAGCCGGUUGGCGGCGCGCCCCGACGUGCACCUGACGCAGACGAUUCUCAAGUCUGAAGACGCGGGGGAGAUCUUCUGCAUUCGCUUCGCUAUCGGUGCGCUGCGGACGACUAAACAGGACGUCGAUGAGGUGUGGGCCGAGGUGGUCAAGGACAGCGAUACGUUACUUCUUGAGGGGGACAGGCUCAAGAAUUAA